AUGAUCAACGGCGACAACUUGGCGCGCGACAUCGAGAAAGAACGGGUCAUCUCGCUGCUCGACUCUCUCCUGUUUGUCGCCAAGCAAGACGCACCCAUAGAGUUGUGGGUGCAGCUCGUUCGCUAUCUCGCGCUAAAAAAGGUGCCUGGUUUUCCCGCAAAGGGUUACGGCACCUACUAUUCCACGGAGGCCCUCGCAGCGAAGAACGCUGCCGAGGCUCUGCCCGAGUUUGACAUGGUCGACAACCUCAUCCGUGCUCUCGCUGAGCAUCUCGGCCGUUCAUCCCCCUGGCACCAGAGAUUCCAUGUGCUGCAGGAAGUGUUCACGGCAUCCAACCUGGAGCUCCAAGGGAUACACAGCGUGCGUUGGCUCUCCAGGGGUGAUGCAGUUCUGCGGUUGGUUGACGUCUUCCCUGCUGUCAUUGUCAUGCUUUCGAAGUAUGACCUCCAAAUGUAUCAGUUAGCCACCAGCUACAGGUUUCAUUUCUUGCUCUUCUUCAUUGCGGACGUCCUGGAGCAGCUGAACGUCCUGAACAAGACGUUCCAGCAGCAUGAGCUUGACUAUGCAGUCGUUCAUGCUCAGAUCAGGAGGACAACCUCCUACCUGGAGAGUCGAUACGUGGACUGUGGAGACGAUUUUGGAGGCGGGUUGAGCGCGCGCUUGUCUCCUUUCAUCACGAAGCAUGGCCCCGAUGGUGGAUGCCCCAAGGUGACGGUGAAAGGGGUGGACUCAGACGGCAGGCCGACAACACAUGAGUUCGUCCUCCACAAGAAUCCGAAUGAGGACUUCCCAACCGUGGGAAGCCACGACGCCUGCAUUGACCUGUGCACUGCGUUCGCCGAGACCCUUGUGUGCAACCUAAAUUCACGCUUCGAAGACUUGCAGGGCUUGUCUGGAGUGAGAAUUUUCACUCCAGACGAGUGGCCGCAUGGGAGGGUGGAGCGAUACAACCAAUGUCUCGAGUGGCUCAGCUAUAAGAAGCGCCGUCCUUUUGGUAACUUUGCAGCAGCCCCAGCAGUAGAGGGGCAGGGCGAUGGCAGAGGAAAGGAAGUAGCUGAAGAAGAGGAAGAGUUGGAGGAAAUGGAGCAGGCUUGGCAGGGAGACAAUGGCAGUAGGAGUAGUGGUGACUCUGAUUCUGAUUAUUGA